ACCGUCUCUAGUUCUCUUGCUGACCAAAAUACAGUUUGUCAAUCAGAAGCGAACGGGUCCUCAGAUAAAAUUGUGUUAAAAAAGAAUUCCAUAUAAAUUCUCACAAUGGCUUACUCUUGGGAUAACCGUGUCGAUUUUGUUGUUCGGUAUAUGUACGAUAUCGACAACAAUGGCGUGCUCGACGAAAACGAUUUCCAAUGCAUGGCCGUGAGAGCCUGUGUAGUGGAAGGCAAAGGCGACUGCAGUGCCAAUCGUUUGGCCGAGUACAAGAAACUGAUGAAGAACUUGUGGGUUGAAAUUUCCGAAAUUGCCGACGACGACAAGGAUGGAAAAAUUUCCAAUAAGGAAUUCAAAGAUGCCGUGCGUAAGACCUGCGUUGGAAAGAAAUAUAGCGAAUUUCCUCAGGCCAUGAAAGCAUUUAUUGAAUCCAAUUUCAAAAUUCUUGACAUCAACAGUGACGGCAUUGUUGGUAUUGAGGAAUACCGUUACAAUUGCAUUACAAGAAUGGCUAUUGAAGAUGUCGCUCCCAUUGACAAAGCUUUUGAAUCCCUCUUGAACGAUAACGAUAAGAAGGUAGGCGGUCUCAAUUUGGACCGUUAUCAGGAACUCUACGCCGAAUUCUUGGGCAACACUGCCGACAACCAUCCAGCUGUCUAUCUCUUUGGCCCCCUCUAAACAGGCUUAGGCCGUUUGUAGUCAGCGGCGAUCGUAGUUCGCCGAUGCAUCAUGGAGAACCAAAUAGCAAAAAUGUAAAAUCAACCAACUAUUUUUUUAGAAAAUGUAAAUGUCUUCGCUGUUGUUUGAAUUAUAACAACAUUAUGUAAUGCCCCAGAUAAGUUAUUAAUUAUUUGAUAUAUACAACUAUUUUUAAUGAGUUACUUUUACAAAACAACAACAAAAACACAACAUAUUUGUUUUUUAUUAUUUUCCGUUUUUUUUUAUUUGUUUUUAUUUUUAACAAAAACACUUGAAAACCCCAAAAAAUGGUAUCGGAAUGUAUCUAAUGUGUAAAAUCAACAACAACAAAUACACCACCACCACUUAUAAACAACAACAACAACACAAAACAAUCAUCUUCAUCUCUGUUGUAGAAUCGUCUGAAAGAAAGAUAAAAUCAAUAAAAUCAAAGAAGCCUAGUUUGUUAACGAAAACAUUAACACAACAAAAAUAAAGAGAAAGAAUCUUAACAGAAACACCAACGAAAUCUGCUCUCCCACAAAAAUAAAAUUGUUUUUUUUUUUAACUCAAAAGUCUCUCUCAAACUCUCUUUUAUUUGUAACACUCUU